AUGUCUCAGGCAAGCUUUCAUUCGCACGCACACACUGAAAGCAGCACUGGCUACCACACUCACGGCCAUCAUGCCCACGGUCACCAUGCCACAGGAGGGCUCAAGGAAGCCAACCGUCAGUAUUUUGAUGGUUUGGCUCACAGUCACGAGGGCGGUUAUGAAAAUAUUCCAAUCGCCCAACCAAUGGCUGAUAAGGCCUGCGCUGCAAUUCUAGAGGCCUUCUCUUUUGACAAGAGUCAGACCGUCGUAAUGGACUUUGCGUGUGGAGUUGGCCUAAUAUCAGAGAGGCUUUCUCCUCAUUCAAAAAGCAUAAUCGGAGUCGAUAUCAGCUCCAAGUCGGCUGAUUUUUAUAACGAACGCGCCGCUAAGCAGGGUGUCCCGCCAGAUCAAAUGAAGGCCAUAUGUGUUGACCUUACUGAGCGUAGUAAAGCUGAAGAGGAUGUUUUCGGUGGAAUAGAAUUUGAUGUCAUUGUGUGCAGCGCUGCUUAUCAUCAUUUUGAUGAUAUUAAUCAAAUGACAAAAGUCUUGGCCUCGUACCUCAAGCCAGGCACUGGAGUAUUGAUUGUUAUUGAUAUAAAAGAGUCCCCGGAAGCCGCAAAUUCACUCAGCUCGCAUAAUUCACAUCCAAAUGAAGGGGGAGUUAAGGAGGCCAAUCGCCAAUACUUUGAUUCUCAAGCUCAUCAUCACUCAGGUGGAUAUGAGGCCAGCCCGGCAAGGCAGCUGGCAACCCAGAAGGCCGCCGCUACGAUCUUGGAGGCUGUAUCGUUCGAUGAAGACAAAACUAUAGUAAUGGACUACGCGUGUGGGACAGGCUUAUUGUCCCAGCAAUUGGCACCACAUACAAAAACCUUAAUCGGGGUUGAUAUUAGCCCAAAAUCGGUUGAGUACUAUAACGAGCGUGUAGCGAAUCAAGGUAUUCCACCAGAGGAGAUGAGAGCGAUAUGCACAGAGCUUGUGGAACGUAAUACAAGCGAUACUGACCCAUUCGACGGAGUUGAGUUCGAUGUGAUUGUGUGUACCCAGGCAUAUCAUCACUUUGAUGAUAUCGAUGAUGUAACCAAAACCCUGGCCUCGUAUCUUAAGCCUGGGACAGGUGUAUUAGUUGUGGUUGAUAUGAUUCGUUCUUCAGAAUCUGAAAAGUUGCAUAAAGAUCAUGGCAAGUGUUUUGGCAUUUACCGAAAAUCUGGAUUAAACUCAGCUCUAUCCAAAUAG